AUGAAUGCUAGUGGCCCUGGCUAUCCAUUAGCCUCUCUUUAUGUGGGAGACCUCCACCCAGAUGUGACUGAAGCCAUGCUCUAUGAGAAGUUCUCACCUGCUGGACCCAUCAUGUCCAUCAGGGUCUGCCGGGACGUUGCUACGCGCCGCUCGCUGGGCUAUGCCUACAUAAACUUCCAGCAGCCUGUGGAUGCUGAGCGAGCCCUGGACACCAUGAACUUUGAAGUGAUCAAGGGCCGUCCCAUCCGCAUUAUGUGGUCCCAGCGGGACCCUGGGCUCCGAAAGUCAGGGGUUGGAAACAUCUUCAUCAAGAACCUGGAUGACUCCAUUGAUAACAAAGCCCUGUAUGACACAUUCUCUGCCUUUGGAAACAUCUUGUCCUGCAAGGUGGUUUGUGAUGAGAACGGAUCUCGUGGCUAUGGCUUUGUUCACUUUGAGACUCAUGAGGCAGCAGCUCGGGCCAUUGACACCAUGAAUGGGAUGCUGCUCAAUGACAGGAAGGUGUUUGUUGGCCAUUUCAAAUCCCGCAAGGAGCGCGAGGCCGAGUUUGGGGCUCGGGCAAUGGAGUUCACCAACGUCUACAUCAAGAACUUUGGGGAUGACAUGGAUGAUGAGAGGCUGCGGGCAAUCUUCUCCAGGUUUGGAAAGACUCUAAGUGUCAAAGUCAUGAUGGACAGCACUGGCCGCUCCAAGGGCUUUGGGUUUGUCAACUUUGAGAAGCACGAAGAAGCCCAGAAGGCAGUGGCUGACAUGAAUGGGAAGGAGAUCAAUGGCCGCAUGGUGUAUGUGGGCCGGGCCCAGAAGCGGCUGGAGCGCCAGAGUGAGCUGAAGAGGAAGUUUGAGCAGCUCAAGCAGGAACGAGUGAGCAAGUACCAGGGAGUCAACCUGUAUGUGAAGAACCUGGAUGAUGGGAUAGAUGAUGAGAGGCUGAGGAAGGAGUUUUCUCCCUAUGGCACUAUCACUAGUGCCAAGGUGAUGACAGAGGGUGGCCACAGCAAAGGGUUUGGCUUUGUAUGUUUUUCCUCUCCAGAAGAGGCCACCAAGGCUGUGACAGAAAUGAAUGGGAGGAUCGUCAGUACUAAGCCUCUCUACGUUGCACUUGCUCAAAGGAAAGAGGAGCGGAAAGCCAUCCUCACCAACCAGUACAUGCAGAGAUUAGCCACCAUGAGGGCCCUGCCUGGCCCUCUGCUGGGCUCCUUCCAGCCCCCCCCGGGGUACUUCCUGCCCCCAAUCCCCCCGCCACAAACCAGAGCAACCUUCUACACCCCGACCCCAGUGGUCCCGGUCCGUCCUGCUACUCGCUGGAGUGCGCAGCCCUCGCGGCCUCCCCCAUAUCCUUCAUCUACCCCCAUCCUGAGGGCUACUGUACCACCCCGGCGCCUGCUGUCCAACAUCAGCACCAUGAGACAAGCCUCUACCCAGGUGCCCCGUGUGCCCCACCAGGCCCAGAGAGUGGUCAACAUCGGGACGCAAACGGUCAGUGCCCGGGUGCCCUCCUCGCCCACCCUGCCGCGGGGACCCCCCCAGUACAAGUACUCCUCCACCGUCAGGAAUGCCCAGCACAUAGGACACAUGCCACCCAUGGUGGCCUCACAGGUGGCAGAACCUGCUGUGCAUGUCCACGGGCAGGAGCCACUGACAGCAUCCAUGCUUGCAGCAGCCCCUCCUCAGGAGCAGAAGCAAAUGAUAGGUGAGCGCCUUUACCCUUUCAUCCUCUCGAUGCAUCCCUCAUUGGCUGGCAAGAUCACUGGGAUGCUGCUGGAGAUAGACAACUCUGAGCUGCUGCUGCUCCUGGAGUCUCCUGACUCCCUGCGCUCCAAGAUCGAGGAGGCAGUGGCUGUUCUGCAGGCACACCAGGUCACAGAGACAUCACACAAGGGCAGUGCUGUGGCAUUCCUGCAGUGA